AUGCCAGCAAAGCAGGUGCACGUCUUUAAACGGCUCCCGCCCCCGCAUGCCAAUUUUUUUGGUCAAUCCGUCAAAACUGCCAUGAAGACGCACGCCACGCUCCUCGCUAUAUUCUUGUUUGGGUCGACUCUAGCAGCUGAGCCUCCUUCAGGUGGCCCCGAGGUGAAGCUACAACGUGGAGACUGUCCUCUCUUCUGGUUCAGUUUCAACGGCCGCUGCUAUAAGUACAUCAGCACGGGGAUGAACUGGGCCGAUGCCGAGCUCCACUGCAUGUCCCAGCAGGCCCACUUGGUGUCCAUCCACAGUCUGGAGGAGGAUAACUUUGUUAAGGUUCUUAUCAAGAACUUCGACCCCUCGGAGAAAGACACAUGGAUCGGGCUCAGUGACGUCCAUAAGGAGGGGAGGUGGAUGUGGUCUGAUGGGUCAAGGGUCAACUUUGGCUUGUGGUCUCCCAACCAACCGGACAACUACAACGGUUAUGAGGACUGUGUCGUCACCAACUACUAUAUUGAUCGCAAAUGGAACGACGGUCACUGUACUAAUAACAAGUUUGCUUUUGUUUGCGCAUCAAUUGUAGCGUGUCUUUAAAUUGGUCUUCUUACAUACAGAUGACUUCCAAAAUAA